AUGUUGACUCUCAGAGCUGUUUCGGCCCCUGCGCGUCGCCAAUGCUUCCGCGCAGCUCCCCGUAGAUUCUACUCCUCGGAAAAGGUCGCCAAGUUCCACGGUAUCAAGGAUGCCAAUGGCAACUACCCCGUUUCCAUCAUCGAGGGUGAUGGUAUCGGACCCGAGAUCUCACAGGCCGUGAAGGACAUCUUCGCCGCUGCUAAGGCACCUGUGACCUGGGAGCCCGUCGAUGUCUCCCCCGUCUUCAGAGAUGGCAAGCAAACCAUCCCCCUAGAGACCAUUGAGAGCAUCAAGAGAAACAAGGUUGCUCUCAAGGGCCCUCUUGCCACUCCUGUCGGCAAGGGCCACAUUUCCCUCAACCUUACCCUCCGCCGAACCUUCAACCUCUUCGCCAACUUGCGACCUUGCCGGUCUAUCGCUGGCUACAAGACCCCCUACGAUGACGUCGACGUCGUCAUGAUUCGAGAGAACACUGAGGGUGAAUACUCCGGUAUCGAGCACGUUGUCGUCGAUGGUGUUGUCCAGAGCAUCAAGCUCAUCACCAAGGAGGCCAGUGAGCGCGUUGUCCGAUUCGCCUUCCAGCAGGCUCAGGAGAUUGGCCGCAAGAAGGUCCGCGUUAUCCACAAGGCAACUAUCAUGAAGAUGUCCGACGGUCUCUUCCUCAAGGUUGCUCAGGAUGUCGCCAAGGAGUUCCCCGGCAUUGAGUUCGAGUCCGAGCUUCUCGACAACACCUGCUUGAAGAUGGUCACUGACCCCCUGCCUUACAACGACAAGGUCUUGGUCAUGCCCAACCUGUACGGUGACAUUCUCUCCGACAUGUGCGCUGGCCUGAUCGGCGGUCUUGGUCUUACUCCCUCUGGCAACAUUGGUGACGAGUGCUCCAUCUUCGAGGCUGUCCACGGUUCCGCCCCUGAUAUCGCUGGCCAGGGCAAGGCCAACCCCACUGCUCUGCUUCUCAGCUCCCUGAUGAUGUUGAGACACAUGGGUUUGACCGACUACGCCAGCAGAAUCGAGCAGGCCACCUUCUCCACUCUGUCCGAAGGAAAGGCCUUGACCGGUGAUUUGGGCGGUAAGGCUAGCACGAGCGAUUACGCAGGCGCCAUCAUUUCCAAGUUGUAG